ACCGAUCAAUGGCUCCUCCGACUCCGAGGUUGGUGGUGCCGGUAGACCUGAAGAAGAAGCCUUGGGAGCAGAUGUUACCUCUCCAUAACCGGUGGCACCCCGAGAUUCCUGCGGUUGCAAAGGUUGUGACCGGUGAGGUCUUUCGGGUGGAGAUGAUGGACUGGACGGGAGGGAUUGUAAAAGAGGAUGACUCUGCAGAUGAUGUUAAAUUUAUAGACCUAUCAACUGUCCAUUAUCUCAGUGGUCCGAUAAGAGUACACGACUCAGAUGGGGUUCCUGCAAAGCCCGGUGACCUCCUAGCAGUUGAAAUAUGUAACUUGGGUCCUCUGCCCGGGGAUGAAUGGGGUUAUACUGCAACCUUUGACAGAGAAAAUGGAGGCGGCUUUUUGACGGACCACUUCCCUUGUGCAACUAAAGCCAUAUGGUACUUCGAAGGAAUAUACGCCUAUUCUCCUCACAUACCUGGUGUGAGAUUUCCGGGAUUGACACACCCUGGAAUAGUUGGGACUGCACCAUCCGUUGAACUCCUGAAGAUUUGGAAUGAGAGGGAAAGGAAACUUCAAGAAGAAGGUCUCGAGACGUUCAAACUUUGUGAGGUUUUGCAUUCGAGGCCAUUGGCGAACCUACCAUCAACAAGAGGCUGUGUACUCGGAAAGAUUAAAGAAGGGACUCCUGAAUGGGAAAGGAUUGCAAAUGAAGCCGCGAGGACUAUACCAGGACGAGAAAACGGAGGCAACUGUGACAUCAAAAAUCUUAGCAGGGGUUCAAAGGUUUACCUUCCAGUAUUCAUAGAAGGAGCCAAUCUUAGUACAGGCGAUAUGCACUUCUCUCAGGGUGACGGUGAGGUCUCUUUCUGCGGGGCCAUCGAGAUGAGCGGCUUUCUUGAGCUAAAAUGUGAAAUCAUAAGAGGCGGCAUGAAAGAGUACCUCACACCAAUGGGACCCACCCCUCUGCACGUGAACCCAAUUUUCGAGAUUGGCCCGGUCGAGCCGAGGUUCUCGGAGUGGCUAGUUUUUGAGGGAAUCAGUGUGGACGAGAGCGGGAGGCAGCAUUAUCUCGAUGCAAGUGUUGCUUACAAGCGUGCAGUUCUCAAUGCGAUCAACUACCUCUGCAAGUUUGGAUACUCAAAAGAACAGAUGUACCUUCUGCUUUCCUGCUGCCCAUGUGAAGGAAGAAUUUCGGGAAUUGUGGACUCCCCGAAUGCUGUGGCAACCCUUGCUAUUCCGACAGCUAUUUUCGACCAGGAUAUUCGCCCAAAGAGCAAGGUGCCAGUCGGGCCCCGGAUAGUGAGGAAACCUGACGUUCUAAAGUGCACUUAUGAUGGAAAUCUUCCGAUCACAAAGAAUCCCAGUGAGGCAAUUUAGCUACUUCCAAGUUCUCAAGAAGCCAAUACAUGAAGUAUAAGAAACCUAUGCAUAGCCAUGUUUGAAGUCUAUUAGGCUGGCAUCUAUAAUUUACAAAGCAAGACAUGCAACAAUUCUCUUUAGGCUCGACGAACUUCACAUCUUGGUCGAAUAAUGCUUCAGAUAUGCCGUUACCGCGACUUAAGGAGGAUCAUUAGGAAAUAUAUGCAGUCCGGCUUGUGUUAUCCGCAACCGAGUAUAGUCUACCAUGCACCCUGACAUGAGUCCCAAAGAAAAACACAUGUUCUUGAUGAAUAUGGACAGUGGACAAUGAUGUUUGAGCUAUGAGCACCAUUAUCAAAAAUAAGGAGCUAUGAGCACUGGAUGCUGCAAGACGAAAAUGAGCUUACACUUUGCUUGCA